AUGCAUGUGCCCACACAGGUGUACAAGACGCCGCACAAGGGGUGGGCGGUGCGGUCGUGGGACUCCAUCCCGGCGGGGGCGGUGGUGUGCGAGUACGUGGGUGACGUGCUGCCGUACGAGCGUGUGGACCACGUGGAGGACGACAUGUAUGUCAUCAGCAUCGACACCGUUCGCACCGCCAAGCUCGGCACGCAGGGCAGAGAUGUAUGUACCAUCAACGCCGAGGACUUGGAGCAUGCACUGGAGGAGCAGGCCAAGGCCAAGCCGAGUGCCACAAGCCAUCGUGCAGCGGGAAAGGCGAGCAAGGAGGGGAGGGAGAGCGAGGAGGGCAGGGAGCACGAGGAGGUGCACUACGCCAUCGACGGGCUGCGGCGUGGCAACGUGGCGUGCUUCAUCAACCACAGCUGCUCGCCCAACCUCUUCUACCAGUCCGCUCUCUGGGACCACAAGCGCCCUGAGCUCUCCCACCUCCUCCUCGUCGCCUCUGAGAACAUCCCCCCGCUAACAGAAUUGACGUACGACUACAACUACGAGGUUGGCAGCGUGAUGGAUGAGCAUGGUGAAGUGAAGCAAUUGAACUGUUGCUGUGGCGCUGUUGACUGCCGGGGUCGUUUGUAUUGA